GGAGUUUGGCUAUUGUCAUUGUUAAGCUGCUGACUGCAUUCCCACCCCAUUUCAUCAGUCUCUUCCACAGCAUUCAAAAGCAAUUCUCAUCAAAAUGACUAUCCCCCACUAUGGCGUCUGGAUUGCCCAGCCAACCCGCUACACCGCUCAAACCGAGCAGGAGGAUCCCAAGUCUCCUCACAUCUACCUCUAUUUCAAGGAUGAUUCCUCAUCCCGCAGGAACCUCGAGGCCGCCAUCAAUGUCAAGUCCACGGGCCAGGAUUCUCGCCUGGUGUACUGGUUUGACCAGAGCUUCACCCACCCGAUCACCGAGAAGUUGACCAACUUGAACGAGGGCUUCCACCUCCUCAAGUCUUAUGCCCACCGCCGGUAUCGUCGCCAGGAAUCUGAUCUUAGCGGUCUUGACUUCAUCCGCACACAGGGUCUCGUGGAUAUUGAGGCGGGGACUGUCCUUUCCGAGGCCGACACUGGGCCGAACAAUGCUGUUUUGCAGAAGUUGGAGCCUAUCCUUAACGAGGCGAUCAGCCGAGAAGCGACGGUGUACAUCUUUGGAUCAUCCUACGGUUCGGGUAUUCAUGAUAUCCAUAUGAACCAGGGCAGUUCACCGUCGUAUGAGAAUGGGAUCUAUGAGGAUGGCGCGUUGCUGUUCCGCUUCGACGAUGGGCAUUGGGAGGCGGUGUUCUUGGCUUUUGCGUCGCAGGAGAUCCCAACGAAUGACAAGGGUGAGGCAGAGGAGGGUAGCAAAUCCUUGGCAAGCAUUCUUGGGCAGUAAUGUACCGGCGUUGACAUUGGAAUGAUGUACGGUCAUGUCUGUGAUGAACCGUCAUACCUGGAAAGUAACGAUUAGUACAAUGUGAUUUUGAAGAGACACUUACGAUACCUCAAAUUCUGUUCCUGGGCUCAUCGUCCAUUAUUUCUGGCACAACACCCUCACACUUGUUCAAGUCAAACGGCUCCCAUUUAACCUUGACGGAAUCGCGGCUGCGACUGUGAAUUCUUUCUCCGUCUUUAUUCCAAAGCUCAAAUCGAAGGUCCGUAGGGCUCACGACA